AAACGGGCUGUCAAAACAACGAGGGAUAACCUAUAAAAUAUUAGGCUCGAUUCCUUGUUUUUUUGUUAAUAAGUGUAGAAAAAGCUGCAUAUUUCCUAAUAAUGAGUGACGGGAAAGAAGCCGAAGUCCGCGAAGAGUAUGCGUAUUUAGACCGGGGCGGAUUUUCGUCGGAAAAAUUCAAAAUAGAGCUUCGAGGACUACCAAAGUUUUACGGUAUAGCGGAACUGAAAAAGCUAAUGAACCACAAACUGUCACUGAACACAAGCAAGAUAAAGCGACCCAAGAAUGGGAGUCACUGGUUGUUUGCCUGCUUCCAGAAUGAUGAGGAUCGGAACAAAGCCAUUGAGGCAUUGAAUGGCUACUCAUGGAAAGGUAAAACACUAAUAGCAGAGGUAGCAAAACCAGCUCCAGAUCCACUGGUUAGAAAGAGAAAGCAAGAAGAAGAAGGAGCUGGCCCUGACAAGAAAAAGAAGGAAGAUGUCAGCCAGGAGCAGAGGAUCAAAGAUGCCACUACUCCUUAUUGGAAUAUGCCCUAUGAAGAGCAGCUGAAAUUAAAAGAGAAAGAAAUAAAGCACCUGCUUAUGAAAUUUGACAAUGAGAGAUGGAGGUUGGACAGAGAUAACCGCGGGGCUCUCGAAGCGAAGCGCAAACUUUUCAACGGGCUCAGCUUCGAACUGAGGCCCAUAGAGAGGUCUCCUGUCACGGAAGGAUAUAGGAACAAAUGCGAGUUCACAGUGGGAAUAGAUGGGGAGACCGAUCUGCCCACAGUUGGGUUCCGGUUGGGCAGCUACGCGACGGGCACUGUAGCUGUCGGCCCUAUACAAUCGCUCAUACAUAUCUCUGACAAAACGAAAAAGGCAGUUUUGAUCUUCCAAGAGUUCGUGCGCAAAUCUGAACUUCAACCAUUUUCGCCCGCGGACUAUUCAGGCCACUGGCGUUAUCUCACCGUUCGGCACUCCAUGUCUACUGGGGACCUAAUGCUCAUCGUAGCGUUGCAUCCACAGGAGCUGACAAGUGAACAGAAGGAGAAGAUACAAAAAGAACUAGUGGAGCAUUUCAGUUCAGAAGAAUCAGCAGCUUGCGGGAUCAAAUCGCUGUACAUUGACUACAUUACGAAAAGGCGAGUGGGCGAGGAGGCAAGCAAACCGCUACAUCUGUGGGGCGACACGCACAUAGUGGACACUAUUCUCGGCAGGCAGUUCAGGAUAUCCCCUGAAGCAUUCUUCCAGAUAAACACAGCGGGUGCUGAAAUACUAUACCAGAGCGCCAUCGACAUGAGCCAAGUGGACGGUGGCUCCACUGUCGUCGACAUAUGCUGUGGCACCGGCACCAUCGGACUUUGCUUCGCUAAGCACUGCGGCCAAGUGCUAGGUGUGGAGCUAAUCCCAGAGGCGGUGCGCGACGCACGCGCUAACGCAACAGCCAACGGCAUCGACAACUGUCAGUUCUUCGCCGGCCGCGCGGAGGACACGCUACCCUCCGUGCUGGCGCGCGCCGCCACUGAUGACGUCAUCGCCAUCGUCGACCCCCCGAGAGCGGGCUUACACAUGCGAGCAGUAACCCAACUGCGGAACACGAAGUCAGUCAAGCGUCUAGUGUACAUAUCGUGCAGCCCGGCCUCGGCCGCCAAGAACUUCAUAGACCUGUCCCGGCCUUCGUCGAAGACGCUCAGAGGAGCGCCCUUCCUGCCCGUCCGCGCCGUGCCCGUGGACAUGUUCCCGCACACUAAACAUGUCGAGCUUGCCGUCUUGUUCGAGAGAGAACAGGUUCCUGAAGACCAACAAGAAAAAUUGGAAAUAAAAGAAGACAAGGAAUCUGUCGCACAAGAAGGGGCCAAACAAGAGGAAACUGACGAAAAAGUGGAUACGGAUAAAAUAAUGGAAGUAGAAAUAAACAAUGAAAUAGAAGCUAGUGAAGAGGGGAAAUAAUUAAAUAAAGGAAGUUGAUGGAAAGGUGAAAUAAAAUAAAUAUGGUCCAUGUAAACUUUAAAAAUCAAUACAAAAAAUGUAAAACUCCUUUAAAUGCGAAGUACUGAACUUUUUGCGAUAUUGGUGAUUGACGAUUGUAAUGUGCUCAGGCGGUUGGUAUAAAAAUUUAGGAACUAAAACUAGUUUAUAUAUAUAUAUUACAUUUUUACCAACUUAACAUAGUACAAUCAGCUUCAUAAAGCCAAGUCUUCAACUAGUCUAUCAUAGCUGAUCAACCCUGCCAACUGCCUCAGUUAAACGGUAGACCCUUUAAUGUGAAUAUAAGGUCCGUUUAAAUGCAGCCCACAGCAGACCCUGUUGUCACGUUGCCACCUUUGACAGUUAAGAUAAGAAAACCCCAUUAGUUAGACCAAGAUAACUGUGCAACGAUUUUGACAGCGCAGACUAAUUAUUUAUACGUCAUAAUUUCAUAGAAGUUUGACGUUUAAAAUAACACUUGCACAGCCUGGGCUAUCAAACUCGCUGCAGACUUAUCUUGGUCUAACUCUAGAGACUUUUGAGUUUUUGAAUUUCCCAGUAGCUAUCAGUAUACGAUACGAUAGAGGUCAAGAUUGUUCUUUUUAUUUGUUGACUAUGCUAACUUUAAUGGUUAAGUAUUAUGUAAAGAUGUUACAAGCUCGUAAUAAAUAUUUAAUAACA